AAAGGAGAUUUAGAUUCUUUGUAAACAGUUUGUAAGUAUAGUGAUACAGGGAAAAAUAUCUGUAUUUUCUUGUUUUCCUGUCCAGGAUACUAAUUUUAACAAUUGACAUGAACUGGAAUGACAUUUCUGAUUCUGUUUAUAGUGGCUGUUAUUUUUUAUUUCCUAUUUGAUGUUAAAUGGCAGACAUAUUAGGGGAACACCUGUAGGCAUUAGAACAUGCUUUGAUUUUUAUAAGUAGUGCAAAUUUGUGAAUCAGCUGAAGAGGCACUAGAACAGAGACUAUUCACUAAGCCACCCUAUCUUGUUUCAUAAAACUGUUUAGAAUUUUUUAGCUUUAUGUGAUAAUCAAUUAUAAUUAUGUGAAUAGAAUAUGUAUUGCAUUUAUAUAUUGUUUGCAUAGCAUGACUGAUGUGUAUCAACAGAGUUUGCCCUGUUCCUAAAACACAUGAUCGAAGUAACUAUCAGCUUGAAUAAAUUCUUGGAGAAUGACAUGUGAUGAAUUAGGGUGUUGCAUGUUAACACUAUGUUACCUAUUUUUAAUGGUUCACAAAACUUAUUUGUUGUCUUGGAAAUGUCUAGACAAUGAACACUUUCUUGUGUAUGGUUUGAUGCCAAAACUAAGAGGACUUCCAUUUUCAUAUAUGUCUAGCAUGCUAGCAGGAAGUGAAUAGGAUUGAAAAGAGCUUUUGGAAAUGUAUCUUGACUUGUUUGAACAUAAAUUUAGAAUAGAUUAUCAUUGGGGCACCAAGUCUACCACAGAUUUUGAUCUGCAGAAAUGUUCUUGUUUUUCUAGUUUUCUAGUUUGUUACUAUUACUCAAACUAUGUCAAAGUGAUACCUAACACUGUAUCUCCCCCCACCCCCUCAGCUCAUCUUACUGAAAGAUGGUAGUGGCAGUGGCGGUGUUAUGUGCUGUCAAGUUGUCUCUGACUUAGGAUGACCCUAUGAAUGAGAACUGUCCAAAAUGUCCUAUCCAUGACAUUCCUGCCUAGCUGUUCUAAAUUCAAGGCUGCGGUUUCCUUAUUUGGUCUUCCUUUUCAUCAUCUGCCUUUGAUGUUCCCCACCAUCAUAGUCUUCUCCAGUAAAUUUUUCCUUCUCCUGAUGUAUCCAAAGUAUGACAGCCUCAGUUUUGUCAGCUCUGCUUCUAGGGGCAUUGAAAUAUACCCCUGACUUAGUAGACUUGACUUUUUAGAAGAUUUUUUAAUGACUACAAAGGAUAAGCUAAAUGAAAGUGAGUUGCAUAUCCCUCAAAUGCUUGGAUGGUAUUCCGUGUUCAAGAACUAAAGAAUUUAUUUCUAGGAUACAUCUAUAAAGGAAGCUUCAAAUUCUCUAUCUUCUCCUUCCAGUUUCUGUUUAUUUGACUGCAUGGUUGUUAUGCUAUGCUAACUCUGUAACUAAGUGCUCUCUUGUUAACUCUGUGUGUUGCCUGAUAAAGAAAUAAUUAACGAGAAAAUUGGGAAGCAUGCUUGGACAUUAUACAGGUAGAUUGAAAUAUAGUGCUAAUCACAGCUCUUUUUUUGCACACUUUUGAACCUGAAAUUAUACCCAUUUUCUGAGUUAACAGAGAUGCUGUGUAAAGCCAUGUAGCCAUGUAACAUCUGUGAACAAAACUUGCUUUUGUCAGCCAGUGGCUAAGAAAUCUGUCCAGCAAUACCUAUAGUAGAAUAAGAUUUUAAUUGAAUGAAGAGGUUAAACCAUUCAUCUGCAAACAACAGCUCUUUGAACUAGUGAGAAUCAUAAUAUUUAUUCUCUAGAUGUGUAGCAAAACUACUGAUAAAACUUAACAAUAUUAAAAUGAAUUCAUUUAAAGAUCAAUUAUGAACAUGGCAGCAUAAUUAUGAUGUCCUUCUUUGCAUGGGUUUUGAGGUGCAAGUGUACAGUUCUGUUACAGCUUUUUGACAAUAAUUCCUGGAGUACUGCACUGAACUUAGUUCUUUCCAAUUAGGCAUAUACUGAAGCUUGUUAGAAUCUCUUGUGCUUUCCAAAAAAAAGUCUAUGAAUGCUUGCAGAAUGAAGGUUUUAUGCAACCAGAUGUCUUCUCCCCUAUCACAUGCAGUAGCACAAAGAGGGGCACUGCUUGUGCACCAUCCACACAAGGCUCUUGUUCCCGUUUCAUGAACACUGGGCAUGCUCAUCAGAAACUUGGACUCAGAGCCACAUCAAAGCAGAUCUGAGUUCAAGGAGUCAAACCCAGUGGAAUCUCACCCCCAAAAUGGAUUUCUCACACAUCCCUACUUCGAGCAUCAUCCUGACCUCCAGGACCCAUCCCGUUCAAUUAUUGAUCCUUCCUUCCAAGCAAUGAUCACAUCAUACAUGCGAUAUGGGCUGGUUCUGAAUUUCUACCCCAGUUCAAAUCAAUAGAUUUAGUUUCAACAGGAGCAAUUCAUAUACAGGGAGGAAGUCCUCCUUAGGUUGGAUGGCUACUCAGUGGCUUGCUGCACAAGAAAUGACUUAGCGUGGUCAUGGAAGGAGCAGUUCCGGAAGCUCUGGGUGUUCAUUUCUCAAGGUCACUUUGUACAUGAAAUGUAUCCUAACACUUACCUUUCCAUGUUAAGAGAGGAGGAGCUGUAUAAUUCCUUUUGAAAAUUUAUUUUUUUGGAAUUAAAAUAACAGGAAAUAGGUUUAUGUUAGUAUUGCUAUAGUAUUGCAUAGUUUUAAAAUUUAACAGUAAACUCUAUAUAUGUUGAUCUUUGCAUAAGGACCCAUUGUUGGUCUUGAAGGUGUGGAAAAAUGUAUAAACUUUGCUUUAUUUAACUUUGCUAAUCAUUUAGUUCUAAUAUUCUGUUAUAGUAAACGAUCAUGUGUACUUUAAAAAUCUACUCUUGACACAUUAUAGCAGUUUCCAAGCUAAAGAUCCCUUAGGGGAGGGGUCAUCAGCCUGUGGUAGGUAGGUUUUGAGUGGACCAAUGGUCUCAUGUUUGCAUAUUUUUAGCUUUGCCUAAAAGUUAUAGUUUUAAUCCAUUUCAGUUACAUGAAAACAGUCAUACUCUUUCAGAUUGGGUUUUCUGAACCUUAGCUCGUUAUCUGUUCUUGCCCUCUCUCAAAUUUCCCCAGCUACUCAUAGGUUUCUUGUACUCAUAUCCUACUUGUCCGCUACUCUGUGGCAGAAUGCUGGACUAGAUGGACCUUUGAUCUCAUCCAGCAUGGUUCUUAUGUUCUUACCUUUCUUCUGUGAGUGCAGCUGUAAAGACUGUGGCUGCCCAUCCAAAUUCUAAGGUGGAGGGAUCUAAAUAGUUCACUCUUGUUAGUGUUAUGUCAUUGAAAUGUGGAUGAUGUUGCAGUGGCUUCCUUUCUGUAUUAUGUAGGCCAUUGAGGGAAUCUUCAUUGGUAGCUAUCAGCCAAUCCUGUACUGUGAAAGCAUACUAUAGGGUGAUUUUCCUCAGAGCUGUUCUUCUUGGGCUUCUGGCUUUAAAACCCAAUAACUGGGAGUGGGAAAAAGCUAGAACAUAGAUAUCACUCAAGAAUGGGUCUUGUUGGUCACUGUCCAGAGAAGGACACAGCCAUGGAAGCCAUUGUGAACUGCCGUGUUCUUCUUCGUGGUCUCUGUGCAUCACACAUAACGGGUACUGCGCCUGCACAGUGCCUGUUGUCAGCCAGAAUACCAAAGCUACAGUGGUUUUUGGCGGGAACUCCACACCCCUCCCCCCUGGUGCUAUAUAGGGUGGAGCGCCUGCCAUUUUCCUCAGUCUUCUUUCAACCAUUGAUCGCAUUGCCUCAAGCCAUUACUUUGUCUUCUCGCACUUGAUUGUUGUUCUCUUAAAACUUUCCAGUUGAAUCUAUCCAAGUUUUUUUCCCCUUGUUUCCUGUUUAAUUCUCUUUCCUUUUUCUUACCUUUUACUAUCUCUCUUCUUACCUUCUCGAUGGCUCAGUGUGCGGCUUUUUGAAAGUGUUUGAAAUGUCCCCAGCGGACCCACAUGAGCUCUGCCUCCUCUGCUUGGGAGAGGGGCAUCGCACUGACAAAUGUGGGCACUACCAGGCCUUCACAAAACAGGCCAGGAAAAACUGAGAGAACAGGCUGAGAAAGUUCCUUUGGGAUCAGGCCUUACUAGCUUCCGACGACCUUGCCGCCCAGCCUGUGUCAGCCGGCCCUUCUAUGGUGACCUCCCCUUGCCCACCAUCCGGGGGAGUUGCUUCCGAGAAGACCUCUCACUCCUCCCAUUCUUCGUUCAAACAAAAGGAGAAAUGGAAGCAUUCUGACCACGGGGAUCUGUUGGUCCUGAAGAAGGCCAAAAAAGAUAAGUCGGGCAAAGCUUGCUGGAAGCAUAGACUUGCUCCAGAACCAUGGAGAGACUCAGACUUGACCGCCCUGUCAGUCCAGACGGCACCAUCAAUCCCGACACCCUUGGCACCGACACCAAGGGCGUUGAUGUAGGUUACGCCACCCGGAUCCUCCACAAAGGGUUGAGCCUGCGGUCCCGACGAUGUUACAUCCACCCGAACCUGUCGUUCAUGGGUCGAUGUCGGAUGGAGAGAUCCAAGACUCUCCUCCACAGUCACUGCCGUGCCAUCAACCGGCUCGCUCUCCAACUCCGAUGCCAUCUUCUCUGGAGGCUCCCCGGAGGACCAUGGUGGUCGAACCCACCAGCACCACCGCUCAUCUGGUCAAUCCGCCAGAUCGUGGGUCCCAAUGCCUUAUGAAGGCCUGGAAGUUUCACAACCUCACUAUUGGGGACAUCUAUCCCCAUACAGCUACUACCUACCAAGGGAACACAGACAUCACUCUGGAUCGACAAGGGCUGAAGCUCCUUCCACUUCGGUGCUGACGACCCCUCGCCAUCCUCCUUCUCCGGCUCAAUCAUCCUCCAGUCCACCAUGCCUCUAUGACUCGGACUCUGAGGACUCGGAUGAGUGUUCUAAGUCUCCCACGGCAGUCAUCUCCACCCAUGGACCUGGGUCGCCUGAAGAAUCCUAUGCUACCUUUGGCGAACUUAUGGGCCGCUUAACUCGAGCCUUGAGAUUGAAGUUGAGCACCAGCCCAACAUUAACAAGGACAAUUUCUAUGAUAUUGUCCGUAAAGAACAAUCAUCCACCAUUACCAUUCCGUUAAUUAUAAUCCUACGGGAGGUUAUGGAGGAUACAUGGACUUCUCCUGACCAGCCUCAAUCAACAUCUAGGAGGUAUGAAUCCAUGUACAAAGUUAGAGAGCAAGAUAUUCCCUUCCUUCUAAAACAUCCGAAGCCCAACUCUAUUGUGGUCAAGUCUUCCCAGGGGCAAGACAAGAGGGAACACUCAGCUCCUAGGGACAAGGAGGGCAGAAAAAUUGACCUCAUGGCGCAGCGAAUCUAUGCGGCUAAGGGACUGGGCCUGAGAAUUUCCAAUUAUGAGGUGACGAUGGCGAGGUAUCAGUAUUUUCUGAUGCAGCGGUUGGAUUUGAUCACCUCGUCCAUCCUGGAGCAACAGCAUGACCUGGCCUGGGUUUUCAUAAGAGAGGCUAUGUAGCUCGCUAUUCAACAGCUCACUGCAGCCUGCCAUCAUGUCGACUGUGAUUCCCAUGCUCUGGUUGGCUCUGUUGCUCUCCAAAGGCAUGCCUGGCUGCACUCCUGUAAUUUUCCGGAGGAAACCAAGCGACGGAUCGAGGGGAUGCCUUUCGACGGAUCAGGUCUCUUCCACGACCAGACCGACCACAAGCUUGAGCAUAUUUAUAACGCUUGGGCUACCCUUGGAAGAUGGAAAUCCCAGGCUCGACCCGUCAUAAGUGGCAUCAAUCUCGCUACGCAAGAUAUCAACCCUACCACCGUUACCAGCCACGCCAACAAUUCCCCCAGCGGCAACAACGAAACCGCAUGCAACUGGCCACCCAAUAUCAACAGGGCUGCCGCCGCCAACCCGCUGAUAAGAGGCAACGUUGAGGGGUCCCACAAACUGAUCCUAUCUCUCCUACACCCUUCCCCCCUCCCUAUGGGGGCUGCCUACAAAGCCGACUCCCUUUUUGGGAGACCAUCACAUCUGACAAAUGGGUCUUUUCCAUCAUUGAAUUUGGAUAUAGAAUCGAGUUCAGUGUCAUACCCCUUUCAGGACCGAUAUUACAUACCGCCCCAUCAGAAAUUCUUAGAGAAGAAGUAUCCCAGCUACUCCAUAAGGGAGCAAUCCUCCGAAUCUCCCAUUCCGAUGGGCUCUGCGGAUUCUACUCCAGGUAUUUUACGGUACCAAAGUGGGAUGGUGGCCUACGCCCCAUACUUGAUCUAAGGGGCGUCAAUGCCUUUAUUACGACUAAGAAAUUUCGUAUGCACCUUACACUUUUCAUAUGCACCUUACAAAACAUCCUACCUCUGCUAGAGAGAGAUGAUUAGUUCACGUCCAUUGAUCUAAGGAAUGCCUAUUUUCAUAUUGGUAUCCAUCCGUAUUAUAGGAAGUUUCUCUGUUUUACUGUUGGCCCUGACAUUUUUGAAUAUAAUGUCCUCCCCUUCGGACUUGCUACAGCCCCUAGGGUAGUUACCAAGUGCAUGGCUCUGGUAUGUGCUCACCUUCGUCAACAAGGUGUUCAAAUUUAUCCAUAUUUGGACGAUUGGCUCAUCGUCUCUUCUUCCCGGGACCGACUUGUUACAGACAUUGACAUUACGUGCACCCUCCUGGAGGACUUAGGGCUUCUUAUUAAUACUGAAAAAUCCUGUCUCACUCCUUUACAGGUCAUUGAGUUCAUCAGGGCACAAAUCAAUUCGGUCCGGGCGCGAGCAUUCUUACCACGGACCCGAAUGGAAAGACUCUGUUCCGUAGUCAGGCAGGUUCAGGAAGGCGGACGAGUUCGAGCACUGAUUAUCCAAAAGCUUCUGGGCCAUAUGGCUUUGACAAUCAUGGUUGUUCUGAAUGCCAGACUAUGAAUGUGACCACUUCAGCUGUGGUUCAAUGCUGUGUUCCAGCCCCUCUGCGAUUCCCCGGGGUGACUUCUCCCCCACCCCCCACCUCGGUUCGCCAGACUCUGACUUGGUGUAUGAACCCCGACAAUCACGCCGUUGGCGUUUCAUUUCACUAGCGACAACCUUCCAUUUUGCUCCAUACCGACGUGUCUCUCACAGGUUGGGGAGCGCAUUGUUCCAUCCUGCAGACACAGGGCACCUGGCAAGCACACAAGAGGUCCAAUCACAUCAACUUUCUCAAGUUGCUGGCAGUAUUCAAGGCACUACGCUAAUUCGAGCCUAUGCUAUGGAACCGCUCGGUACAGGUGGCCUCCGACAAUACAGUUACUGUCUUCUACCUGAACAAACAGGGCAGUACAAAAUUGGUACCGUUGGCUCUUCUAGCCCUACAAAUUUGGGACUGGUGUAUCCCCAGAGGGAUUUCACUCAUGGCAAUCCAUCUGGCGGGAGUAGACAACCAAGAAGCAGACAUUCUAAGUAGGAAGAUGUAAUCAACCCACGAGUGGGAAUUGGACAACCAAGUUUGCAAAGACUUGUUCGCCCGUUGGGGCACCCCAAUAUUGGACCUGUUUGCAACAGCUUCCAAUUCGAACUGCGCGACCUAUUGCUCCAGGGCGGGAUCAGGUCCGAACUCACAAGGAGACGCCUUGAUGGUGAGUUGGUCAGAUUCCUUCCUGUACGCCUUUCUUCCAAUCCCGUUAAUUACCCGCACCCUGGAGAAGGCUGCUCAGGACUGAGCACAGGUCAUCCUCAUUACACCAUAGUGGCCAUGUCAACCCUGGUUCUCGACCGCUCUCAAAUUGUUACGACACAUGUUCUUUUGUCUGCCACAGAUUCCUCAUCUGAUUACACAGGGGAGAGGGAUGAGUCUUCAUCCCGACCUCGAUACCCUCAACCUUACCACGUGGCUCCUGCACUAACUGCCUCUGCUAACCCUCCUAGACUUCAACAAAAUACUUCGGUUUCCACAUCAGAGUGUCAUUCGGUACCAAAGGACCUCACUCGAGUCUCCUCCGAAGCUGCACCAUCUCAACACGAAAUCGAGUUCAGACUACAGUCCGCUCUUCGACCAUCCACUCGUCGGUCGUAUCAGGCAAAGUGGAAGCGUUUUACCACUUUUGCGGAGGCCAACCACUUUGCUCCUCAAUUGGCUUCCAUCAAUAGCAUCCUUUCUUUCUUGCUCUCCUUGCACCAUUCUGGACUUAAGCCUACCUCUGUCAAGGUGUACAUUGCAGCUAUAUCCCACUUUUGUGGCCCUCUGUCCGGUUCAUCUGUGUUUUCUCAUACGCUCAUUCGGUGCUUCCUCAAGGGACUACAAAAUCUCCACCCUCCAACCUGACCAUCGGUACCGACUUGGAGUCUAUCAGUGGUUCUCCAUGCACUCACCAAAGCUCCUUUCGAACACCUUGCGAUGACAGAUUUAAGAUUACUCUCUUGGAAGGUGGCCUUCUUGGUCGCCAUAACCUUGGCGAGAAGGGCAAGCGAACUCUCUGCCCUCCGCGUGGACCCACCAUACCUUAACUUCCACAAGGAGAAGGUAGUUCUGCGUACAGAUUCGGCAUUUCUUCCUAAGGUGGCCACAGCAUUUCAUAUUAACCAGGACAUUGUGCUUCCAGCAUUCUUCCCUUCCCCAUCCACCCCGAUAGAGAAAUCUCUCCAUUCCCUUGAUGUGCGUCGAUGCCUAGCCUUCUAUCGGGCAUGCACAGAGAGUUUCCAAAAAACCAAAUGCCUAUUUGUUAAAUACUCCAAACUUGGCAAGGGUGCUGCUCUCUCUGCCCAGAGGCUAUCAAAAUGGAUAGUCUAGACUAUUGAGCUUGCUUACCAACUAGCCAAGAUAGAUCUUCCGGUUGCCCCUAAGGGUCAUUCUACUAGAGCCAUGGUGGCUUCCUUGGCUUUUUCAUCGGGCGUUCCACUGCUGGACAUUUGUAAAGCCGCCACAUGGACAACUCUCUGUACCUUCACUAGGCACUACAGGUUGGACAUUCGAUUGCUCCUUUGGAUGGGCUGUCCUUUCAUCCAUUCUUCACUGACAACACUGACUUACCUCUGUAACAAGAAACCAGAAUCAGAAGCCAGUGCUGUGAAGAAAAAAGUCAACAAGGGAAAGGAAGGUUCUGAAAAUUCAGAUGUGGAGAAAACACCAGCAGGGUCACCACAUCCUGAAGAUGAAGAUGAUGCAGGAGUUCAGAAGAGGCGUUCGAGCAGACAGGUGAAGAGGAAACGCUAUACAGAAGACCUUGAGUUCAAGAUUUCUGAUGAAGAAGUUGAUGAUGCAGAUGCUGGAAGAAAUUCCCCUUCAAAUACUUCUCAGUCUGAGCAACAGGAAUCUGCUGAUGCUGAAGGACCUGUAGUAGAGAAAAUCAUGAGUAGCCGUACAUUUAAGAAACAGAUGGAGAACGGACAGGAAAUAGAAGCUGAAGAAUUCUAUGUAAAAUACAAAAACUUUUCUUACCUUCACUGUCAGUGGGCAUCUGUGGAAGUCCUGGACAAAGAUAGACGAAUUCAGCAAAAGAUUAAGAGAUUUAAAGCAAAGCAAGUGCAAAAUAAGUUUCUCUCAGAGAUAGAUGAUGAACUUUUUAAUCCCGAUUAUGUUGAAGUUGAUAGAAUAAUGGAUAUUUCAUAUAGCAAGGAUGAUAAUGGAGAGCCUGUGACUCAUUAUUUGGUGAAAUGGUGUUCACUUCCAUAUGAGGACAGCACAUGGGAAUUAAAGCAAGACAUAGAUCAAGCUAAGAUUGAAGAAUUUGAGAAACUAAUGGCUAGGCGGCCAGAAACAGAACGUGUGGAGCGACCUCCUGCUGAUGACUGGAAGAAGUCAGAAAGUUCCAGGGAAUAUAAAAAUAACAACAAACUCAGGGAAUACCAGUUGGAAGGAGUAAACUGGCUUCUUUUCAAUUGGUACAACACGCGAAACUGCAUUUUAGCAGAUGAAAUGGGAUUGGGGAAAACCAUCCAGUCCAUUACAUUUCUCUAUGAGAUAUAUUUAAAAGGAAUCCAUGGUCCUUUUUUGGUUAUUGCCCCAUUGUCCACAAUUCCUAACUGGGAAAGGGAAUUCCAUACCUGGACAGAAUUGAACGUUGUUGUGUAUCAUGGGAGUCAGGCCAGCCGAAGGACCAUUCAAUCGUAUGAAAUGUACUUCAAAGACCCACAGGGUCGUGCAAUUAAGGGGUCAUACAAAUUUCAUGCUGUCAUCACUACAUUUGAAAUGAUUUUGACGGACUGUCCGGAGCUCCGUAACAUUCCAUGGCGCUGUGUGGUAAUUGAUGAAGCUCACAGACUGAAGAAUAGAAAUUGCAAGCUGCUGGAAGGGCUAAAGAUGAUGGACCUGGAACACAAGGUGCUUCUUACAGGUACUCCGCUACAAAACACUGUGGAAGAGCUCUUCAGCUUGCUCCAUUUCUUGGAACCAAGUCGUUUCCCUUCAGAAUCCACUUUCAUGCAAGAAUUUGGUGAUCUGAAAACUGAGGAACAGGUGCAAAAACUCCAAGCCAUCCUAAAGCCAAUGAUGUUGAGACGUCUCAAAGAAGAUGUAGAAAAGAACUUGGCACCCAAGGAAGAAACCAUAAUUGAAGUUGAAUUGACAAACAUUCAGAAGAAAUACUACAGGGCCAUUCUUGAAAAGAAUUUUACAUUUUUGUCAAAAGGUGGUGGUCAAGCUAAUGUUCCUAAUCUCUUAAACACUAUGAUGGAAUUAAGAAAGUGCUGCAAUCAUCCAUACCUUAUUAAUGGUGCUGAAGAAAAAAUUUUGGAAGAGUUUAAAGAAACACACAAUCCUGACUCUCCAGAUUUUCAGCUCCAGGCAAUGAUCCAGGCUGCUGGCAAGCUAGUACUGAUUGACAAGUUGCUGCCAAAACUAAAGGCUGGUGGCCACAGGGUGCUUAUCUUUUCCCAGAUGGUGCGCUGCUUGGACAUACUGGAAGACUACCUCAUUCAAAGACGGUAUCCAUAUGAACGAAUUGAUGGUAGAGUAAGAGGCAACCUUCGUCAAGCAGCUAUUGAUAGGUUUUCCAGACCUGAUUCUGACCGAUUUGUUUUUCUACUGUGUACAAGAGCAGGUGGUUUGGGAAUUAAUCUUACUGCUGCUGAUACAUGCAUCAUCUUUGAUUCAGACUGGAACCCUCAAAAUGAUCUUCAGGCUCAGGCUCGAUGUCACAGGAUAGGACAAAGCAAAUCAGUGAAAAUCUACAGGUUAAUAACAAGGAAUUCUUAUGAAAGGGAAAUGUUUGACAAAGCUAGUUUAAAACUUGGUCUUGAUAAAGCUGUGCUUCAAUCCAUGAGUGGAAGAGAGAAUGCUACAAAUGGGGUUCAGCAGCUUUCUAAAAAAGAAAUUGAAGAUCUUUUGAGAAAGGGGGCUUAUGGUGCACUAAUGGAUGAAGAGGAUGAAGGAUCCAAAUUCUGUGAGGAGGAUAUAGAUCAGAUUCUUUUGAGGCGAACACACACAAUCACCAUUGAAUCUGAAGGAAAAGGUUCUACAUUUGCAAAGGCUAGCUUUGUUGCAUCUGGUAACAGAACAGACAUUUCUUUGGAUGAUCCUAACUUCUGGCAGAAGUGGGCAAAAAAAGCUGAGCUUGAUAUUGAUGCCUUAAAUGGAAGGAACAAUUUAGUUAUUGAUACUCCAAGAGUAAGAAAACAAACUAGGUUAUACAGUGCAGUCAAAGAAGAUGAGCUGAUGGAAUUUUCAGAUCUGGAAAGUGAUUCUGAGGAAAAACCUAGUAUAAAGCCCCGUAGGCCACAGGACAAAACACAGGGUUAUGCACGGAGUGAAUGUUUCAGAGUAGAAAAAAAUCUAUUGGUUUAUGGUUGGGGGCGUUGGACUGAUAUCCUUUCACAUGGGCGCUAUAAACGUCAGCUAACAGAACAAGAUGUGGAAACCAUCUGUCGGACAAUCCUUGUGUAUUGUCUCAAUCAUUACAAAGGGGAUGAAAACAUCAAAAGUUUUAUCUGGGAUCUGAUUACUCCAACUGCAGAUGGACAAACACGAGCCCUGGUCAACCAUUCUGGCUUGUCCGCUCCGGUACCCAGAGGAAGGAAAGGCAAAAAAGUGAAAGCUCAGAAUUCACAACCAGUGCUACAGAAUGCUGACUGGCUAGCAAGCUGUAAUCCAGAUGCCUUGUUUCAGGAGGACAGCUACAAGAAACACCUCAAACAUCACUGUAAUAAGGUCCUGCUGCGUGUCCGCAUGCUGUACUAUCUGAGGCAAGAAGUUAUAGGGGACCAAGCUGACAAGAUCUUAGAGGGUGCUGACUCAAGUGAGGUUGAUAUUUGGAUUCCUGAACCAUUUCAUGCUGAAGUUCCUACAGACUGGUGGGACAAGGAAGCAGAUAAGUCCCUUUUAAUAGGCGUUUUCAAGCAUGGCUAUGAGAAGUACAAUUCAAUGAGAGCAGAUUCUACUUUGUGUUUUCUGGAACGUGUUGGUAUGCCUGAUGCCAAGGCCAUAGCUGCUGAGCAGAGAGGGACAGAUAUAUUACCAGAUGGUGGUGAUGGAGGUGAUUUUGACAGAGAGGAUGAAGAUCCAGAAUAUAAACCAACCAGGACACCAUUCAAGGAUGAAAUUGAUGAAUUUGCAAACUCCCCUUCUGACAAGGAAGAAUCCAUAGAGCUCCACACAAGCAAGCACAGUGAAAGCAAUGCUGAUUUUGGCCAACUCUACUGGCCUAACACUUCAACCCUGACCACACGUUUACGUCGCCUCAUUACUGCCUAUCAACGUAGUUAUAAAAGGCAACAAAUGAGGCAAGAGGCACUAAUGAAGACUGACCGGCGCCGGCGCCGACCUCGUGAAGAAGUUAGAGCAUUAGAGGCUGAAAGAGAAGCUAUAAUAACAGAAAAGCGUCAAAAAUGGACAAGAAGAGAAGAAGCAGAUUUUUAUCGUGUUGUAUCUACUUUUGGGGUCAUUUUUGACCCUAUAAAGCAACAGUUUGACUGGAACCAGUUCAGAGCCUUUGCAAGACUCGAUAAGAAGUCUGAUGAAAGUUUGGAGAAGUACUUCAUUUGUUUUGUAGCUAUGUGCAGGCGAGUGUGCCGAAUGCCAGCCAAAUCAGAUGAAGAACCCCCUGAUCUUUCCACAGUGAUUGAACCAAUAACUGAGGAACGGGCUUCUCGAACUUUGUAUCGCAUAGAGCUCUUGCGGAAAGUCCGAGAGCAGGUUCUCCAUCACCCACAACUGGUGGAGAGGCUAAAGCUGUGCCAGCCAAGUUUGGAUUUGCCAGAGUGGUGGGAAUGUGGCAAGCAUGAUAAAGAUUUGCUGAUUGGCGCUGCUAAACAUGGUGUCAGCAGGACAGAUUAUCAUAUCCUGAAUGACCCUGAACUUUCCUUUCUUGAUUCUCACAAAAACUUUGCUCAAAACAGAGGUGGAGGUAAUCUGAAUACUAUAUCUUUAUUAAAUCCACUGGGUAUUUGCUGCAGUCAGACAACCUCUAUUAUCCCAUCAACACCAGCUCAAGAGGAAAAAUCUUUAGAGCAAGCUGAAGUUAAAUUAGAAGGACCUGAGAAAUCAUCAGCCAAAGAAAAGCCUGGCAGUAAAGAGGAGGAAGAAGCAACAGAUGUGGCAGUGAAAAGUGAUAAGGAGGAAUGUGAUGUUGAAGCUGAGUCUGUUUCUGUUAAAUGUGAAAUAAAAGACAUAGAAUUGAGUACAGAAGUAGAUCCAAAAUCUAUUUCUGAAAAAGGUUCAGAUGAUGAAGAAGAAGAAAAACUUGAUGAUGAUGACAAAUCAGAAGAAUCUUCCCAACCUGAAGCAGGAACAAUUUCUCAGGGUAAAAAUUUUGAUGAAGAAAGCAAUGCAUCCCUGAGCACUGCAAGGGAUGAAACACGUGAUGGAUUUUAUAUGGAAGAUGGAGAUCCAUCAGUAGCCCAGUUGCUCCAUGAAAGAACAUUUGCCUUUUCUUUUUGGCCUAAGGAUCGAGUAAUGAUCAACCGAUUAGACAACAUCUGUGAAGCAGUGUUGAAAGGGAAGUGGCCAGUAAAUAGACGCCAGAUGUUUGAUUUCCAGGGACUUAUACCAGGGUAUACACCAACAGCUGUGGACAGCCCUUUACAGAAAAGAAGCUUUGCAGAGCUCUCCAUGGUUGGUCAAGCCAGCAUCAGUGGCAAUGAAGAUAUCACAGUUUCUCCUCAGUUAUCCAAGGAAGAUGCACUCAAUUUAUCAGUUCCACGCCAACGGAGGAGGAGGAGGAGAAAGAUAGAAAUUGAGGCUGAAAGGGCAGCCAAGAGGAGAAAUCUCAUGGAAAUGGUUGCCCAGUUGCGAGAGUCACAAGUUGUCUCAGAAAAUGGACAAGAAAAAAUUGUAGACUUAUCAAAAGCCUCACAAGAGGCAACAAGUUCUACCUCAACUUUUUCAGCUGUUUCUUCGAAGUUUCUAUUACCUAAUGUUUCCACACCAGUGUCUGAUGCCUUUAAAACUCAGAUGGAGCUGCUACAAGCAGGUCUUUCACGCACACCCACAAGGCAUCUGCUAAAUGGUUCUUUAAUUGAUGUAGAACCACCUAUGAAAAGAAGGAGAGGAAGAAGGAAAAAUGUAGAAGGGCUUGAUCUGUUAUUUAUGAGCAACAAGCGAGCAUCAGUGACAGCAGAGGAUGCAGAAGUGACCAAAGUAUUUGAUGAAGAAAUUGAGACCCUCCCACCGAGAAACAUUCCAUCUCCUGGACAACUGGAUCCUGACACUCACAUCUCCGUCAUUAAUAUGGAGGAUGGGACCAGGCUGGUGGGAGAGGAGGCUCCUAAAAGCAAGGAUUUAGUUGAAUGGCUUAAAUUGCAUCCUACAUACACUGUUGAUAUGCCAAGUUAUGUACCAAAGAGUGCAGAUGUGCUGUUUUCCCCAUUUCAGAAGCCGAAGCAGAAACGGCACAGAUGUCGAAAUCCUAAUAAACUGGAUAUAAACACCUUAACUGGAGAAGAAAGGGUUCCUGUUGUGAAUAAGCGAAAUGGCAAGAAGAUGGGUGGAGCUAUGGCCCCACCAAUGAAGGACCUGCCAAGAUGGCUGGAAGAAAAUCCUGAAUUUGCUGUUGCUCCAGACUGGACCGACAUAGUUAAACAGUCUGGCUUUGUUCCAGAAUCUAUGUUUGACCGUCUUCUCACAGGACCUGUUGUGCGGGAAGAGGGAGCAAGCAGAAGAGGGAGAAGGCCAAAAAGUGAAAUUGCCAAAGCAGCUGCAGCUGCUGCUGCUGUAGCUUCAACUUCGGGAAUUAACCCACUUCUAAUGAACAGUCUGUUUGCUGGAAUGGAUCUCACAAGCCUUCAGAAUUUACAGAACCUCCAGUCUCUCCAGCUUGCAGGUCUCAUGGGCUUCCCUCCAGGACUAGCGACAGCUGCUGCUGCUGCUGCUGGAGGCGAUUCUAAAAAUCCAACUGCCAUGCUGCCUCUGAUGUUGCCAGGUAUGGCAGGGUUGCCCAACAUGUUUGGACUAAGUGGAUUGUUGAAUAACCCAAUAACAGCUGCUUCUGGAAACACCACUAUGGCUUCCAGUCAAGGAGAAACUGAAGAUGGCACUUCAAAAGUAGAAGAAAAGAAGACUAAGAAUGAAGAGGAGAACAAAGACUCUGAGAAAAGCACAGACACUAUUUCUGCUACUGACUCUGCCUGUGGAUCUGUCAGUGCAACUGCUACUGCAGCCGCUGCCACCACCACAACCAACACUGGAUUGCCUGCCAACCCUCUGACCUUCAAUCCUUUCCUUCUGUCAACCAUGGCUCCUGGCCUGUUCUACCCAUCUAUGUUUCUACCUCCAGGACUGGGAGGAUUGACACUACCUGGUUUCCCAGCAUUAGCAGGACUUCAGAAUGCAGUGGGCUCCAGUGAAGUGAAGGUUACUGAUAAAACUGAAGGAGCUGCCUUUAAAGAUGAAGAAAAUCUAGACGGCAGUGAUGCAGAGGAGAGCCUUGAUAAAACUGCAGAUUCCUCCGCUUUAGAAGAUGAAAUAGCACAGGGUGAAGAAUUAGACUCGCUUGAUGGGGGGGAUGAAAUAGAAAACAAUGAAAAUGAUGAGUAAGCAGUACCAGUUACUGUUAAAGUGUUUUAAACUUUUGACAAGUGGUAGUCCUACUGUUUACACUCACAGUUAAUGUCCAUACUUAGUUUUUAUAAGCUGUUCUGUAACAUAGUGUAGCAAACAAAAAGUUCAAGUCAUGUUAUACAGAUGUGUCAAAAGGUAUCUUGGUCAUUAAGUAUUGUGCAGUGCAUUAUUUAUUAUCCCUAGGAGAGAUGAAAUUGAGAGGUGAUCAUGUCUUUUUAAGGAAAUUGACAUAAUGCUCUGCUCUUUUUUUCCUUUUGGUACCAUUGGUAUUAUAAAAGCAGCAAUUUGUAAUAGAGUGGCACUAAAUAGAAGGAAGUGCUGCUUAAAGGAAGUAUGAAGUUAUAUAUUUAAUUUUUUAUUUUUAUUCUUUGCUGUGAAGGUCAAGAUGAAAUUUAGCAUACAUAUCAUACUUGCGCAUCAUUUUGACUGUAUGGGGGUUCACUCGUGCACAUACACACACAUUCUCUGACAAUCUCCAUGAUAGUGUGAAUGUCUCUCUGUCUUGAGACACAGCAAUAAUAAGGCAGCUGUUGAAUGUGAAGAGUACCUUUUAGAAAUUACCCACUGAAAAGGUUCUUGCAGGAUAAAACUACAGUUAAAUCGUCUCAUGAUCUUAUAAUGCACUGGUAAAACAAAAAAAAAAAAAUUAAAAUCAGGUACCUUUUUAAAUUAAAGGACUUUGUUAACUUUAGCCACAAGCUAAACAGAUUACCUCAACUCUAAACUAGCCUUGAAGUUUACAGACAUGACUUUGUAAAUGUAUUUGUUUUUCUUGUUGUGAUGUCUUUUUAUUUUUUUUCCCUUGGAAACUGCUAUCAUGUAAGAUAAGGUGUAAAUUGCUGCCAACUGUAGUAAUGAUGCUUUUAAUAAAAGUGACUCAUGAUAU